GUGAGAUGAUGGGAUACGAGAGGAGCACUUAUGUGGGUUAUGAGGAGAUUGACUACAUGCUGGUGAAGACCGAUUCUCUCAGCUCUUCCAAUCUGACAGGUUUUCUCAGUAAAACGUGCGCAACAGAGUUCUGUUGAAGGCUGUAGAAGUGAACGUCAGGCCAGUGUGUCUACCCAAUAAAGGCAUGUACUUCACUGCUCCACGGGAUUGUUACGUCACUGGAUGGGGGUCACUGUUUAGUGGAGGAUCUUCAUCACAAAUGCUACAAGAAGCCAAAAUCCAGCUAAUCGACAGAACGACUUGCAACAGCCGAGCAGUGUAUAACGGACAAAUCACAGACACCAUGAUCUGUGCUGGCAAGCUGGAGGGUGGCGUGGACUCCUGUGAGAGAACUAUGUUUGCUAGAUUCACAUCUAGAUCACCAUUUUAUCCUAAUUCACAGCUUUUGCUGAUGCUGCUGUGGCCCCCAUCGAUUUCCCUAUCGCUCCAGCCUUCGCUGUCCCCAAGGUCCUGAAGGCAGCCGGUGUAAAGUAAGAG